AUGGCCACCGGAAACUCGGGUAAAAUUACCGAUUGGGUGAAUCCCAAUGACAAGUCUGGCGAGUUCAAGCGCCAGCAAUCCGUCUUCCGCAGCUUUAUCUCGCGUGAAACUGGCGCGCAAUUCCCGCCAGAGAAGGGCCGUUACCAUCUCUAUGUUUCCUAUGCUUGUCCUUGGGCUCACCGGACCUUGAUUACUCGUAAGCUGAAGGGCCUGGAAGAUAUCAUUUCCUUUUCGUCGGUACACUGGCACCUCGGUGAGAAAGGAUGGCGCUUCGCUACGGCGGACGAGGAUAUCCCGGGUGAAAAUACCAUCCCUGAUCCAUUGCACCCAGAAUUUACCCAUAUCCGCGAGGUCUACUUCUCCAACGACCCAGAUUACACAGGACGGUUCACCGUUCCCGUUCUUUUCGACAAGAAGACCAAGCAAAUCGUCAGCAAUGAGAGCGCCGAAAUCAUCCGAAUGCUCUACUAUGAAUUUGACGACCUCCUCCCAGAGACCUACAAAAACCUCAACCUCUACCCAACCGCGCUCCGUGAAAAAAUCGAUAGUAGCAACGAAUGGAUCUACAAUGACGUAAACAACGGCGUCUACAAAUCCGGUUUCGCAACCACCCAGGAAGCCUACGAGAAAGCCGUGACUACGCUCUUCAAUUCCCUGGACAAGAUCGAAUCCCACCUCACAACGCAGGCAUCUGUCUCGCCGUACUUCUUCGGUCACUCCGUUACCGAAGCUGAUAUUCGGCUUUUCACUACUAUUAUCCGGUUUGAUCCUGUGUAUGUGCAGCACUUCAAGUGCAAUAUUCGGGAUAUUCGUUCUGGAUACCCGGCUAUUCAUCGUUGGGUUAGAGGUUUGUAUUGGGAUCUGCCGGCUUUCAAGGAAACGACGAAUUUCGAACAUAUUAAGAAGCAUUAUACCAAGAGUCAUAAGCAGAUUAAUCCGUUUGCCAUCACGCCUGUUGGGCCGGUGCCGGAUGUGCUGCCUAAAGAUGAGGAGGUUAAUGCUGUGAAGGGGGCUUAG